AUGAAGGCCACCAAGAAUCCUCAGCCAGUAUCGGCUUCCCAUAACGAGAAUGUUCCCUCACCUGACACUACCCCAGCCCACGACACACACAUGACAAAGGGUUUAAUUGUCGGAGGAAAAUACCGGAACGCUCUUUCAGAAGAGCAAACCCACCACUACGACAGCAGCUUAUUGCAAGAGGUCGACGUUGAUCUUCCCCUUACAGCCACCAAGCCUGUGCAGCACAAUGGCCAAGAAUUCAUCGUACUUGACUUCGUUGAUGGAGACAAGGAGAACCCCUUCAACUGGGGUUCAGGCCGGAAGGCCUUCAUCAGCACUCAGCUUUGCCUAAUGACACUUUUCAUCGGUCUCGCCACGACAGCAUACAGUUCCGGAAUUGGAGGCAUGGCAAAGGAUCUCGGUACAACAGAGUUAAUUGGCAAGCUUGGUCUAUUCACCUUCAACUUUACCUGUGCAAUUGCUCCACUGUUCCUCGCUCCUUUCUGUGAGUUGGCCGGUCGACGAGUCAUCUAUAUCGGUGCCUACAUCUGCUUCUGUCUUAUGUUCAUUGGCCUCGCUCUGGGCAAGAACAUUGCCACUAUCCUAGUCUGCCGUGCUCUGCUCGGUCUGUUUGGUUGUGUCGGCACCAUUCUUGUUGGUGGUACAUUCGGAGAUAUGUACACACCUGACCACCGUGCCAUCCCUAUGGCUUGUUUCUCCUUCAUCGCCAUCCUCGGUACAGUCGGUGCACCCAUCUAUGCCGGCUUCAUCGACCAAGCUCUCGGCUGGCGCUGGCUCGAGGGUAUUCAAGGUUUAGCCAACAUUCCCCUUGGUAUCGUCAUUAUCACUUGUCUCCCUGAAACUCGUGGCAGUGUUUGUCUCGCCAAGCGUGCGAAGGCAAUUCGCAACGCUACCGGUGAUGAGCGUUUCGUUACCAACAACGAUAUCGAAGCCCCUGGAAUUAAGCACAUGUUGCACAACUCCUCUGUCAAGGCCGUCAAGAUGCUUUUCACCGAGCCUGUCGUCUUCGCCUUCGGUCUCUGGAUCAGUUUUGCCUGGUUCCUGACCUUCCUCUUCCUUUCCGUCAUCCCCAUCACCUUCCAAGAGAAGCGCGGCUGGAACGAGGGAAUCUCAGGUCUUCCUUACAUCUCCCUCUGCCUCGGAACCACCAUCGGAUUCGGUCUCAACUUCUUCCAAAUUCGCAAAUACAAGUCCCUCUCCUCCGACCCGAACAUUCAGGUCGCACCCGAAGCUCGCUUGUAUGGUGCCUUAUGCGGAGCCGUCUGGCUGCCCAUCGGAUUAUUCAUCUACAGCUUCAGCCAGUACAAGGGUCUCCACUGGAUGGGCCCCAUCAUCGGACUGGCCCUCAUCACCAUUGGUAUCUUCUUCAUCUUCGAGUCCUGCUACAGUUACACGGCCGAUUGCUACGGAGAACACUCUUCCUCUGCCAUUGCCGGCCAGGGUUUCAUGCGUAACACACUCGGUGCUGUGUCGCCGCUGUUUGCUUCCCAGUUCUUCCACAACAUGGGUAGUCAGUACGCUGGAUUGUUGUUGGCAUUGGUGGCGACUGUCUUGACGUUCAUUCCGUUCAUUCUGUUCAAGUUUGGUCCUGCACUGCGUGCUCGCUCCAGACUUGCCUCUGCCACUGUGAACGGCACUGACUGA